UGAGGAUUCUUGAUAAGCUGGAAUUCUCGGAACAGCCAAAUCAUCCGAAAAUGUCUUGCCGAAAUUCAAUGAGGACCAAGCUAACUAACCCACUUAUCAUCAGCGCAGUUUCUUGUACCGCCUCGAUCGUUCCCACGACCCUUCUGCUUUUUACCCGCUUAAGACACAAUUAGGAGAAGGUAAACAAAUCAGUCGUCGUCGCCGUCUUGGUUUCAACAAUUGAGAUCAGUUGCCUUCACGAUGCGUUCCUGGACGGUGAACGCUGUGGUUGUUUUGUUAAUUUUGAUUAGUGAACAUUCAAAAGAAGUCUUAGCGGCGCCUGAGCAUCAGCAAUGCCCUCGGCUUCUGGAUCGGGUACGCUGCGGAUCGGCUAGUACACAUUGGCCGGGACUCGUGCUGCCCGGGCGGGAUUCGGAAGCACUGCGAGGAGAGUUUCCAUGGCAUGCUGGGCUGUUGCAUCGAUUGACUGAAUCGGGAGAGUUUAGCUAUUGCUGUGGAGGUUCGCUGAUCAACGAAUGGUUUGUGCUAACGGCCGCCCACUGUUUGAUCAAUCCGAAUAAUGGCGUGACGGUGGCUCCUACAGAUAUGCGGGUUUGGUUGGGUGCUCAUGAGCUAGAUAAGCCGGAUCAAUGUGUGCAAAUCAUGAGACUUCAGGAGGUACACAUGCACAGGGAUUAUAGUUUGGAUAGUCACAAACAUGACAUCGGAUUGGUAAAGUUUAGCAAACGUGCUAUUUAUACGCCUCGAGUGUUGCCAGUUUGCGUGGAUCUCAGUGAGACGGAGGAGCCUAGCUUCUACCAACAAUACGGAAAGGUGGCCGGGUGGGGAUUGACGGAAGUGGAUGCCCUAUCCGAUUGGCUGCGGAUGUCCGAGUUGCCGUUCGUAAACUAUACCAGAUGCUUGGCCAGUAAUCCAACGAUAUUCUCGGACACGAUCUACGAUGGAAUGUUCUGUGCAGGCUAUGCUAACGGGACCAGUGUCUGCAACGGUGAUUCAGGUGGUGGUUUGGUUACUUACACUCGGGAGCGAUGGAUCCUACGAGGAAUUGUUUCGUUUACCGCGUUACGCUCGGAGGAUGGUUCGGUAUGUGACACCAAGGAAUACGCUGGGUUCAUCAAGGUUAGACACUACCGUAGCUGGUUAAAGAAUUUAAUGAACGGCAAUGAUACCGCAACGGAAAUACCAAUAGUGUUCAGAGACUCCUCCGAGGAAGAAGUAGAGGAGGAGGACCCCAAAAACUGUGGUGAAAGGAAAAUAGACAUCAGGCAUUUGAUUGUCAAUGGAGUGCGAAGUUUUGGAGGACAGUGGCCUUGGCAUGUGGGCAUUUUCGAGGUCAAUGGUCGCAACAAGAAAUACGCAUGCGGUGGAACUCUUAUAAGUGAUCAGUUCGUGAUGACGGCAGCUCAUUGUGUUCUGGAUGGAUCACUGCAGCCACGAAAAGGAAAACUGGUAGUUCAACUUGGACAAAACGAUCUGUACGAAAGUUCCGUGCACAUGAGAGAAGUUCAAGUUAGAAAUGUCACCAUUCACGACAAGUUUGAUGCAUCGAGCAAAACCAACGAUAUCGCCCUUCUGGAACUAACUUCAACAGUGCCGUUCAACGAUUACAUCCAACCGGCAUGUUUACCGAAAGAGAAAGAUUCGAAGAACUUGAAUCUCCAAGGAUCAUCCGGCUCGAUCGUAGGCUGGGGCUACCAACAGCCUUGGUCAUUCGUCAUCUCAAACAUACUUCAGUCGACAACUGUCCCGGUAGUUGAAGCUUUCAAGUGCGUUCUCGGAGGGAAUCCUCGUCUAGAAACAGCUGGCGUUCUCUGUGUGGGAUCAAUUAAUGGUUCCAAUGCUUGUACCGGAGAUUCCGGCGGAGGAAUGUUUUUCGAGAAGAAUGGUGUCUGGACCGUUCGGGGAGUAAUUUCGGCACUGGACACUAAAGAUGGUUUCUGUAAUCCGGAAGGUUAUUUGAAGGUGACUGAUACCGCUUACUUUUUAAACUGGAUCAAACAGGAGAUUCAAGCCGCACUUCAACGAGCAACCGGCAUUGGGUCAGAUCGUACCAUGACUUUCCUUCAAUCGGGUCCGGGAUAUUCCACGGUUCCAUCUGAAACGAGUAACACUCCUGGUAAUACACAACAUCAUCACCACCAUCAUCACCAUCAUCAUCAUCACCACCAUCGCGACCAAAACCGAGAUCCCGUGGAGCGGGAUUCUGGAAGCUGGCAUAGGCAUCGGCACCGAAAUCGGUGCCGAGAUAAAAGUGGUAGUUCCUCUUCGGAAAGUAAUGAAUCUGGAGGCGGAAGUCUUGUCGAUGGUAUCAAGAAGCCCAUCAAACGGAUUUACAAAAGGAAAAAGUGUCUCAUCAAGGAACUGGCCGGAACGGUGAUGGAUCGAGUAUUUUAAGAGAGAAGAAAUGUUAACUUUGUUAUUCGAAUAUGAACCUUUUAAUGAAUAAAUACUUUCAAAUAUUUA